AGAAUUCAUGAAUCCUCAACUGCAACCUUUAAACACAGUUCAACCACCUUCAAUGGCAUUCCACAAUGCCUAAGGCAAUCAGCAACGUUACGAAGAUCCAAAGAUGCAGUCACCUACAACAGCGAAUCCACAAGCACUCCUCUCGUUGCCAUCAGCUCUCUCUAACACCACCUGGUAUCCAGACUCAGGAGCCUCACACCACAUCACAUUUGACCAAAGAAACCUUGCCACAGGAUCAGACUAUGAAGGCAUAGAGAAAGUGUAUGGAGAAACUGGCCAUGGUAUGAAAAUUGAGCAUAUUGGAAGUUCAUUUAUGCAUGCAUUUUUGUCCAACAGACCUUUCACACUAAGAAACCUACUACAUGUACCCACUAUCUCUAAAAACCUUGUCAGUAUCGCUAAAUUUGCACUAGACAACUGUGUCUUUUUUGAAUUCUGGCAUUAUUUUUGCAAUAUCAAAUGCCAGAUGUCCAAGAAGAUACUCUUUCAAGGUCUACUUAAGGAAGGACUAUAUAGAUUUGAAGUGAUCCAAGUUAUCCCAAGAGCCACUGAAACCAAGCCAUUACAUUCCCCACCCAUUACACCAACCUGCUGCAGAGCCAAAUUCACUAAUCCAAGUUAUCCCAAGAGCCACCGACACCAAGCCUUUACAUUUUCCACCCUCUAUACCAACCUGUUACAAGCUGCAAAGCCAAAUUCACCAACCUCAGCUGAAGUCACACCACACACUGUGGCCAGCUCAAACUCAACUACUGACAGCCCCCCAAAUUUCCCUUUAUAAUAAAAUUUAUGUCUUAUAU